AUGCAGGUGAACGUAUGGGUGCAGGACCUGCUUGUCACGCUGCGCAAGAUGGGCGUCGAGAAGCCAUACCAGGUGAUCAAGGGCUGGGCCGACACGCAGAACAGCGAUGUGUACACACAACUUUACAAGUACUGUGACCCCUUCCUCCUAGAACUGAUGCAGGGACUCACAGUGCAAGGGACACAACGCAGGGGCGCCCGCUUCCUCGAUAUUCGAGUGUGCUGGAGCAAGGACACCGCCAUGUACCAUACGCUGCACUUUAUCCUCGGCAGCCCGACCGAAGAGAUGCUGGGCAAUAUAACCCAAUUCCUCACCGACUUCCCGGAGGAGAUCGUCAUCCUGCAAUGGGGCUCGUUCGCCGGGUACCAGCCGUCCAACUGUUACCGCGUUCCAAGUUUCACCUUCACUCACGAUUUGGACCCCACCCAUGUUUACAUCAGGUUCAAUGACACGCAGCACGACAAUUUGGUGAUGCUAAUGCACAAGUACCUGGGACCCUUCGGCAUGUUCCCCAAGUCGCUCGCCCCCAGGCUGGCGCAAGCCGCCCACAUCCUGCCCAAGGUCGGCCGUCCCGUCAAGCCCCUCGAGUCGCGCCGCCACGACACCGCAUUCCAGCGUGGAGCAUCGUCGGGCGAGAGAGUCGAGCAAGGCGAGGGAGACCGGCUCCCCUUCGUCCAAGGUGCCGCGGGCAUCGAAGACCGGGGCAGGAGCAGGGUGGGCGUGAUAGCCGACAAGUACGCGUACGCCGGCUUGACGUUUACCUACGGCGAUAUGCUACGAUCCGGCAAGCGGGUACUCGUCCUCUACGACGACAUGCCGACGGCCAACCGCUACGACGAGCUGUGGCCCUCUCAGGAGUACUAG